AUAUGUAGCUGCAAUAUUCCUAUGAGCUACCUUAAUUCCAUAUGUAGUGUUCUUUGAUUUGCUUCAAUGGAGAUUACUGGAGCAUUCUGUAUACUCCUGGUUUUGGUUUUAAAUGCAGUUAAGAUUACAUCGAGCGUCGAAGAUGGACUACUGUAUCUUGACUACUACAAAGAAACAUGUCCCUUGGCAGAAGCGAUUGUUAGCCGGAAUGUCAAGAUUGCAGUGCUGAAAGAUCCUCGAAUGGCUGCUUCACUCCUUCGCUUGCAUUUUCACGAUUGCUUUGUCAUGGGAUGUGAUGCAUCGCUUCUUUUGGACAACUAUGGAGACGUCAUUAGUGAAAAGCAAGCAGGGCCUAACCUGAAUUCGUUGCGUGGAUUCCAUGUCAUCGAUGAGAUCAAGCACCAUUUGGAAAAGGCUUGUCCCUUAACCGUCUCUUGUGCUGAUAUUCUGGCAAUGGUCGCUCGUGAUGCCGUCGCAAUGAGAGGAGGCCCAAGUUGGAAGGUCUGGUUAGGGAGGAAAGAUUCCUUGAAAGCAAGCUUUGAUGGUGCAAACCAAUUCAUUCCAUCCCCAAAUUCCUCUUUGGAGACUCUCAUUGCCAACUUCAACCAACAUGGUCUUGAUGUAGAAGACUUGGUUGCUUUGUCAGGUAGCCAUACAUUCGGGAAGGCUAGAUGUUUGAGUUUCAGACAAAGAAUUUACGACAUAUACAUGGAAGAAAAGUACGAUAAGUACCAACGAUACCGGACUUUUCGAAGAAUCCUCCAGUCGAUAUGCCCGGAGUCGGGAAGGAAUGAAGCGAUCGCACCGCUCGAUUUUGUAACUCCUGCGAAAUUCGACAAUCAAUAUUACAUCAACAUUAUUGGAGGAAAUGGACUGUUGGGAUCUGAUAAUGUGUUGGUGGAUGAAGAUCAUGAAGGGGAGAUAAGAAAGCUGGUUUGGGAUUUUGCGUCUGAUCAAGAGCUUUUCUUCAGUUCAUUUGCGAAAUCAGUUGUUAAGAUGGGGAAUAUAAAUGUACUAACUGGAAUUGAUGGGGAAAUUAGAAAAAACUGUAGGCUUGUUAAUAUUUAGGCCUUGGGAUUCUUCAGGAAAAUGACAAAGCAGGGCCUUAAACAGACUUACAACCAAGUAGUUGAUGUCGUAAACUACUUAAAUAGUGUAUUUUUACAAGGUAUAAUGCGAAAGUUAGCUCCCAA